AGCGAGUGCGAAGUAGUCAGCCUCGGCUCCACGAUCCAAACGACAACACCAGCAAAGACAUUCUGGCAGAAUACGAAUUCAUCAUGACAGUCGAUGCUGUGGAUUACAAGGCGUUGCCCAAGAUUGAGCUCCAUGCCCAUCUCAGCGGCAGCAUCAGUCGCCAGUGUCUCCACGAAGUCUGGCUGAAAAAGAAGGAAAAUGGCGAAACGGACCUUCAAGACCCCUUGAUUAAGAUGCCAUUGGGUAAACAUGAUUAUGACUUGAAAACCUUCUUCCCCCUCUUCUCCUCCUACAUCUACCACCUCGUCUCCGACAUCUGGGCCCUCCGCCACACCACCCUCUCCGUCCUCUCGGACUUCGCUGCCGAUGGCGUCGUCUACCUCGAGCUACGCACCACUCCGCGCGCCAUGCCUCAGGCCGGACUGACCAAGGCCCAAUACGUUGCAACCAUUCUCUCCGCCAUCACCGAGUUCGAAAGUGACCCCAACAACACUUCCCAGCUAAAAACAAAACUGAUCCUCUCCAUCGACCGGCGCAACACCCUCCCCGAAGCCUACGAAGUCCUCGCCCUCUGCCGCCAGUUUGCCGGGCAAGGUGGGGUGGUAGGCAUCGACCUGUGCGGCGACCCUGCAAGGGGGCCCAUUGACAUUUUUGGUCCGGUCUUUGAGGAGGCGAAGCGGACCCUACCAAACUUGGGGAUAACGCUGCACUUUGCCGAGGCGGAGGCGUCGGGGACGGAGGAGGAGCUGUUGACGUUGCUGAGCUGGAGGCCGGAUCGGAUUGGGCAUGUGAUUCAUUUAAACGAAAAAAUCAGGGAGGAGGUGAAGAGGAGGGGAGGGAUGGGGUUGGAGUUGUGCUUGAGUUGUAAUGUCCAUGCGGGCAUGAUUUGUGGGGGGUUUGAGAGCCAUCAUUUUGGGGAGUGGUGGAAGGUUGAGGAGACGGUUGUUGUUUUGAGUACCGAUGAUGUUGGUGUCUUUGGCAGCCCCCUUUCCAACGAAUACGCCCUCGUGGCCAAACACUUUGGGCUUACCAGAACCGAUAUCUGCUCGCUUGUGAGAAGGGGGGUAGAUGUCAUCUUUGGAGGAGAUGAAGAGAAGGAGAGGCUCAGGGGUUUGAUGUGGUCUGCAUGAUGGUUAUAUGUGAAGUGGUAUCGGAAGGAACAUGAUAGCGAGCGCCUAGGGAGUUUGGGCUUGAUAAUGAGACAUGAAUAACGACUAUGUCUUGGGAAACAAAGUCUAUUGAUAAUC